AUGAAUGAUACAUUUUAUGUCACACCUGUUAGUGAACUUGAAAAACUUGAAGAUUGGAAUAAUCCAUUGGCAUUUCAAGCAGCACAUCAUCAUGAAAAUUUGAAUGUUUCCGAUACUGUUGAAGUUGAAUGGCGAUUACGUGAUCGAAUGAAAACAGUUAGUGUUGCACUUGUUAUGUGUCUUCACAUUGGUGUUGAUCCACCAGACGUAGCUAAAAUAAAUCCAUGUUCAAAACUUGAAUGUUGGAUUGACCCAUUUGCUAUGACACCUCGACGAGCACUUGAAAGUAUAGCUGCUGAAUUACAACGUCAAUAUGAACGUUGGCAAUCUAAAGCACGAUAUAAAUCAAGUCUUGACCCAACACAAGAGGAUAUUAAAAAAUUAUGUAUGACUUUACGACGAAAUGCUAGAGAAGAACGUAUUUUAUUUCAUUAUAAUGGUCAUGGUGUUCCUCGUCCAACUGCAAAUGGUGAAAUUUGGGUAUUUAAUAAAAAUUUUACUCAAUAUAUCCCAUUAUCACUAUAUGAUUUACAAAAAUGGAUGAGUUCUCCAUCUAUUUUUGUAUUUGAUUGUUCUCAUGCCGCUGUUAUACUUAAUUUAUUUGUUAAAUUUGCUGAUCAAAUUGAUAAAGAACUUGAAGAAACACGACGUAAUUUAGCACAGAAUUUUUUACCUACUCUUACACAUACACCAACACAAAUGACUCCACAACUCCCAGCAUCUUCACCUUUACAUGACAUAUUACUUGGUGCUUGUGGUGAAAAUGAACUUUUACCUAUGAAUCCCGAAUUACCAGCUGAUUUAUUUACAUCAUGUUUAACUACACCAAUUAAAAUUGCAUUACGUUGGUAUGUUUUACAAAAAAAUAUAAGUCGUCUUAAUCCAAAUAUUGAUCAAGAUAUGAUUGAUAAAAUACCUGGCACUGUUACUGAUCGAAAAUCAAUGUUAGGUGAAUUAAAUUGGAUAUUUACUGCUGUUACAGAUACAAUUGCAUGGAAUUCAUUACCAAAAGAUAUAUUUCAACGAUUAUUUAGACAAGAUUUAUUAGUUGCGUCACUUUUCAGAAAUUUUCUUCUUGCUGAAAGAAUAAUGCGUUCAUAUGGAUGUCAUGUUUGCUCAAGACCAGCAUUACCACCCAUGUUUGAACAUCGACUAUGGAAUGCUUGGGAUAUGGCUUUAGAUUUAUGUCUUAAACAAUUACCAUCUGUAUUAAAACAAACCGAGAGCGGAAUACGUGAACCUGUUUAUGAGCCAAGUUCAUUUUUUGCUGAUCAAUUAACAGCAUUUUCAGUUUGGCUGAGUGAAAAUUCUUUAUUAACAUCAACAAUUGAAAGAGAAAAUUUAAAACAACCUGAACAAUUACCCAUUGUUUUACAAGUACUUCUCAGUCAAUCUCAUCGACAACGCGCACUUGAUUUACUUGCUCGUUUUCUUGAUAUUGGCACAUGGGCUGUACAUCUAGCUUUAUCUGUUGGUAUAUUCCCCUAUGUACUUCGUUUAUUACAAGCAACGAGUGAUGAUCUACGACCAUAUCUUGUUUUUAUAUGGGCAAAAAUAUUAGCAGUUGAUCGAGCAUGUCAAAUUGAUAUUAUACGUGAAAAAGGUCAUGAAUAUUUUAUAUCAACAUUAACUGAUGUUCGAUCAUCAAAUGGUGUUCGUGCAUUAGCAGCUUUCAAUCUAACUUGUUUAGUUGAUAAUUAUACCAAAGGACAAGAUGAAUUAUUACAAGUAGUACCACGUGUUGUUGAUAUUUUAAAUACACCUGUGACAUAUUUUCGUGAAACAUCUGCACUUUUUCUUUGGUCAACAUUAUUUCUUGGUCAAGCAUGGCGUUCAAAUUCGCAUGCUUGUGAAAAAGCUGUACUUAGUAGUGCACCAGAGACAUUACAAACAUUACUUGCAACACAUGAUUCACCUGAAGUUCGUGCUGCUUGUGCAUAUGCUUUAGGUACUUUUUUAUCAGCUUCAACAUCUGGUGUUGAAUUAAGUGAACGUCGUAGUGACCAAUCAAGAACAGCAACAACAUAUCUUAUCAAAAGUCUUCAUGAUGGUUCGCCACUUGUUCGACAAGAAGUUCUUGUUGCUUUACAUCAUUUUUUAACUUUAUUUACUCAUACAAAUCCAAAUCCAAAUCCACCGACAGCUACAAACAAUGUAAAUCGACCGGUUGGUCCAACAUAUAUAACUGUUUCUGAUAGAGUAAAUGAAGCUAUACGAACUGUUGCUGCCUGUGAUCCAUCUUAUGAAAUGGUUCAAAUAGCUGAAUCAAUUAUAACUGAUCCACAAAAACCAGUUCAAACAAAAUUUUUUCAAUGGUGUUGUAGUCGAUUUCGAGUAUCAAAUACAAUCACACGUGAUCUUGGUUCUGGUAUAUCACCACAAAUACGAGGUGCUUUUUAUAAUGAAGAUGAAGAUGAUUGUUUUGCACGUAGUGGACGCUAUUGGCGUAAUCAUUGUAUUCGUUCAAAUCCAAGUCGAUUAGCUGAUUUUCAACAUAUGCGUGAAACAAUAUUUAAUAAUCGAAUAUCUGCUGCUACUCCACUUGCUUUACGUCUUCAUCCAUAUGAGAAUUAUUUGACUGUUGCAAAUUCGAAUGGAAAUUUAAAUUUUUAUGAAUUAGAUGGAACUCCACGUUCAAAAUCAGCAUUAAAGGUUGGUUCAGUAGGCUCAACAAUCAAUACAUUGGAUUAUAUUAAUGCACAUGAUCGAACAUUAAUUUGUAUUGGAACUGAUAAUCAUGCUAUUCGUAUAUUUGAUGAAUCUACACAACGUCUUCUUUCAUCUUGGAUCGCUUUAUAUGAUGAACAUAAUCCUCUCCAUACUACUGCUACUACUCAUCAUCAACGUUCGCCAUCAAAUGUUUCCAGUGCGUCUUCUUCUACUACAUCGACUACAGUUUCUACAACACCCUCAAAAUUUGUUGUUGAUUGGAAUCAACAUUUAUGUCGUAUAUAUGCAUCAAGUACGGAUAUGAAUAUAGUAGCAUUAUGGGAUGUUGAACGUGAACGUUGUUUAUAUACUAUGGAUACAAAUGCAUCCAGUGGUGUAUAUUGUCUUAUAUCAGAUUCGAAUGGUUUUUGUGCAGCUGGAAUGGGUGAUGGUACUGUAAAUUGUUUUGAUACACGUUCACGAGAUAGUCCAGUACUUAUUAUACCACCAACAACACCAAUAAAUCGUCAUUCUGCUAUAAUAAGUUUAAAUGUUAAUACAAAUGAUCGUUUAUUAUCAAUUAGUAAUAUGGGUCAAUUAAGACGAUGGGAUAUUGAAAGUGGUGUUAGUGCUGAAUUAUCUGUACCACAAACAUCACAAAAUGUGUUAGCUGCUGAUGUACAUUCAACAGGUAAUGUAUUAGCAUUAGCAACACCAAAUGCUUUACAAUUUAAAACAUGUUUUGGUGAUCUUCUUUUCGAUAUAAAACAUUCAAAAUUUGCUCAAGUAUCAUGUCUAUCUUUUCAUCAAUAUCGACAAUUACUAGCUGUUGGCUUUAAUGAUGGGUCUAUAUCGAUGUUUACCGGAAAAACAAACUCAUCUUCUCUAUAA